AUGGUCCCCAUACAAAAAGAAAGAUAUAGACAAAAUAGAAGGUGUCCAAAGAAGGGUAACAAAACAACUACCAGGGCUAAAAGACAUCAGCUACCCAGAGAGACUAAAAAACUAGGCUUACCUACAUUAUCCUAUAGGAGAAUAAGAGGAGACAUGAUCGAAACCUUUAAAACAAUGAACGGAUACUACGACAAAGAAGUUAGCUCAUUUUUAAGAAAGGCAGACGAUUCUCAACAAAGAUGUAGUAGUAGGACCAACAGUAAUAAAGUAGUUCAUCAAAGAUUCCAAUCUAAUAUCCGUAAACACUCUUUCUCUGUUAGAAUUGCUAAAACCUGGAACAAACUACCAGAUAAAAUAACAAAGUCACCAUCGAUAAAUGCAUUCAAAAAUCGACUAGACAAAUAUUGGUCAGACGAAGAAUUAUAUGCCAGCUAUGCUGGCACUUAUGGCAAAAUAUUACAUUAA